GGCGUGUCCGAAACGAGUCUAGUAAGAGAGGAAUCACCUGAGAUCAUUACACACCACCUGCGGCACAGAGGUGUAAAAUGGGGAAAGCAGGUGGACGCUGGGACUUUGAAUGGGUCUACACUGAGCAACCGCACACAUGCAGAAGAAAAGAAAUAUUAGCAAAGUAUCCAGAAAUCAAGUCUUUGAUGGGUCAUGACCCCCAGCUGAAGUGGGUUGUGUCAGGAAUGGUAAUCACCCAGCUCCUGGCAUGUUACAUGGUCCAUGACCUCUCUUGGAAGUGGGUGUUGUUUUGGGCAUAUGCAUUUGGUGGCUGCAUCAACCACUCUCUGACUUUAGCUAUUCAUGACAUUUCACACAAUGUGGCCUUUGGCAAUAAACAGGCACGCUGGAACCGCUGGUUCGCCAUGUUUGCCAAUCUGCCCAUUGGCUUGCCUUAUUCAUCUUCUUUUAAGAAGUACCACAUUGACCACCAUCGGUAUCUUGGAGGAGAUGGGUUGGAUGUAGAUAUUCCUACUGACCUUGAGGGCUGGUUCUUCUGCACCCCGAUGAGGAAGGUGAUCUGGCUCUUUCUCCAGCCUCUGUUCUAUGCACUCCGUCCUUUGAUUGUGAACCCCAAGCCUGUGACCAGGUUGGAGAUGGCGAAUGCAGCAGUGCAGUUUGUGGUCGACAUUGUCAUCUACUAUUUCUGGGGCCUCAAGCCUAUAGUGUACCUCAUUGCUGGGUCUAUCCUGUGCAUGGGCUUACACCCCAUCUCUGGACACUUCAUCGCAGAGCACUACAUGUUCAUGAAAGGUCAUGAAACCUACUCUUAUUACGGCCCCCUCAACUACAUAACCUUCAAUGUGGGAUACCAUAUGGAGCACCAUGACUUCCCCAGCAUUCCUGGCAGCAAAUUACCUGAGGUCAAGAGAAUUGCCGCAGAGUACUAUGACUCACUCCCUCAACACACUUCCUGGAUGAGAGUGCUGUGGGACUUUGUAUACGAUGAUAGCAUCGGCCCCUAUGCCAGAAUUAAAAGACAAUACAAACUAGGCAAAAAGGAAUAAAUUGGGUAUUAGACUACUGAUUUAACCAAGCAUAACAAAGUAUUUUUACAAAACAACAUGCAAAGCAACAAUCAAGACAUAAUCCUUAUGGGAUGUAUUUGAAAUAACAUGCAUUCUGUGCACUCAGGGCCAUGUUGACUCAUGAUCAAAAAUAUUGUUUCGGUGUAUCACAUUCCAGUUUUAUUCCUUCACAAAAAUGUUUUCAUAUAUUCAUCCCUAACUAAAACAUGAAAUGUGUUUUAGAUAUGUUCCCAUGGAAUAUACGUUAAACAAAAAAGGAAUCUUGCCAACUACAUCAGUUGAUUGUGUUUUGUGCACUGUUGCAUAAUUAGAAAUUUAUUAUUAUUAAAAAAAAAAAAACUU